CUAGCCGUCAGUUUCGGUAAAAGGAGGCGACGAGUGUGGUCGCUGCUUACGCUGCUUGAAUUACUUCAGGCAGCUUGUAGGAGCUUUAUAAUCAUUUUUUUACUAAAUGUACAAGCACAACGAACAUACCGCUUAGUCGGCGAGCCUUAUAAUUUGCUCUCCGGGAAAGGAAACUAAUCGGAAUACGGGAUUUCGUCGUCCUUCCUGUUCAGCCCUUUGUUUUUUACUGCUUCGGUCAAGUGGGAGAGCAGCAGCGCCCCCCUGUGAGCGAACAGGAAACAGCCUGAGGAUAGGGAGCCAAACGAGCGGCCGAGCCUCUUGCCUCCCGUACGACGUGGGCCCCCCCAGCUCAGCUGUCCGAUGCGGGGUGAGGAUGAGUCCCGCUCUGGAAGCCCUCAUGCAGGCGGAAGGGACUCCUUAUCCCGGAAAAGGGGUGAUGCUUGAGCCGUUCGUGCACCAAGUGGGGGGCCACUCUUGUGUGCUACGGUUUGGGGAACAGACAAUUUGCAAACCCCUCAUCCCCCGAGAACACCAGUUCUAUAAGAGUCUCCCACCAGAGAUGAGGAAGUUCACCCCUCAAUAUAAAGGUGUAGUUUCAGUCAGUUUUGAAGAGGAUGAGGAAGGGAGUUUGUGCCUCAUCGCCUACCCCCUCCACAGCGAAUCAGGGGACCUAGAAAACAAAGACCCCUCAACAGACUGUGAGCCCAAGAGCAAGAUGGUGAAGUGGAGCAACAAAAAGCAAUCCCCUUUGGGCCCUGAGAAUGACAACUAUAGCAAAGACAGAGGUAGACACAGUCGUAAAGAAGACAAGAUUAUGAGUUAUAAUCGUGAUGAGAUGCAACAGCAGGCAGAGGUACUUUACUUUAGCCUGGAAAAAGGCAAUGUGGUGUCACAGAUCAAACACAACCCCUGGAGUCUCAAAUGUCACCAGCAGCACUUACAGAGGAUGAAGGAGAAUGCAAAGCACCGUAACCAAUACAAAUUUAUCCUUUUAGAAAACCUUACAUGGCGCUAUAGAGUACCGUGUGUCUUAGACUUGAAGAUGGGAACUCGUCAGCAUGGAGAUGAUGCAUCAGAGGAAAAGAAAGCCAAUCAGAUUCGAAAGUGUCAACAGAGCACAUCUGCAUCUAUUGGGGUGCGACUUUGUGGCAUGCAGGUGUACCAGUCAGAACCAGGCCAGCUGAUGUUCAUGAAUAAAUACCAUGGGCGAAAACUGACUCUCGCAGGCUUCAAGGAGGCUCUCUACCAGUUUUUCCACAAUGGGCAUCGCUUGCGUCAUGAGCUGCUGUCUCCAGUGUUGCGGAGACUUCGCGAAAUGCAAGCUGCCCUCGAGGCCUGCGAGUCUUACCGCUUCUACUCUAGCUCCCUGCUCAUCAUCUACGAUGGCGACCCUCCCAGGGCUCCCACUAGACCUAGACAUAGAGGUGGGGAGGAAGGUGAUGAGGAUGAGCCAUCUGAUGAGGAGGAGGAGGAAGAAGGUGCCUUUGGUUUCCCUCGCUCCUCCUCUGCGGGUGUCGGCGCAGGUGUGUCCGGAGGGAGCAGCAACAGUGGCGGUAGUCGCUCAUCCCACAGCGCAGGAGAGGCUAGUAGCCCUGUGGUGGAUGUACGCAUGAUUGACUUUGCUCACACCACCUGUCGCCACUAUGGAGAAGACAGCGUAGUGCACGAAGGCCAGGACAGUGGGUUCAUCUUCGGCCUCCAGAACCUGAUCACAAUCAUCUCUGAGCUCGAGGAUCACAGUGCAGACUGAGGCUGGACUUUAGUCAGCAUGGUCUAAAUUUUAAGCGUGGGAUGAGCUCACUGAGCUGAAACCCUGCUACACCAAGAUGCAUUAUCCCUAUGCCUAUGUAGGGGUCUGCUUGGUGGGAACGUUGGACGCCUCUGCGUGAGGGGAUAGUUUCAAUGGUGGUACCUGUGGUCUCACUCACCUGCCAGAGGAUUGGGCUGCCUGUGCCCUUUUUGCACUUUUCAGAGACUGCUCCUUUUUUUUUUUUUUUUUUUUUUGUAACACAUGAUAGGAGAAGUGUAGUAUGAGAGAGGUCCUUCAACAGAGACUUCUGUAGCAUCCUAGGGCUCUUUUCCCUCCUCUCGCCCCCUGGUACAGAUACAGUUCUUUAUUGUUAAGUUCUCUCUGAGAGAGAAAGCCUGAGGCAGAGAACAUUGAAGCUGUAGGUAACUAGAAACCUGUCGUGGUGCUUUACCUGUGAUACUUUUUUUUCCCCUUGGGAUGUCGCUUUGACUGCUGGUCCCCAACAGCACAACACAAUCAUGGGGAAGCUGAUUGAACAAGCUGACCUUGGCUGGCUGGGUCAGCAGCCUUGUAGCAAAUGAGAAGCUUACAUCAAAUAAGGACAUUUUGUGUCUAUUAAGACCCUUAUAUGGUUUGUGUGUUCAAGUAAGCACUUGGAUUUACACUUUUUGGUGGAAGAAUAUUAUUUAGUUCAAUAAGAAGGGAUCUGCCUUUUUCAACAGUUGUUCCCCUGUACUUAUUGCCUAUAAACAAAAGACUUUUUGGAAAGGGAAUAUUAUCCUUUUUUUCUGGUCAUUAUCUUUUUCCUCUUUUUCAUUCCUGAAAAUUUGACUUGACAAAGAGAAUAUAUUGAUAAAACACUAAAAAGACUAUAGACUAUUUAUUUCAACGGAUUGUUAAAAAUGUAAACAAGUACAUUCCAUAUUACCACUUUAAAUGUUACGUCCUUCUUAUACAGACUUGGAUUUCUUUUGUUAUUGGAAGAGCUCUCUUGUAUAACUGUGUGUUAACAGUAUCUUGAAAAUAAAGGCAUUCAUUGAGAUAAAA